AUGACAACUCCUAUUCAGCUCGGAUGGGCCUAUCGUGUUGAUGGCCCAAAGCUUUUAGCUUGGGUGUCUGCGUUUAAAAAGAUUCAGGAGCAGACACAAGCAUUCAAAAUAUGUUGUGAAAAAGCCCGUGAUCGCUCACUCUGCUUAGGCAAAUUCCCUUCUGAAAUCAUUGACGCUAUCCUAUCAACUGUGGAGUAUGAAACAUUCCUCUCAAGGUACUUGGAAUGCGCCCCCAGAAAUCCCUGGAAAACCUCAGACAGUGGUCUGCAAGAAUGGAACAAAUACUAUUCUUCUGAGUAUGACAACGCAAAUGAAGUUGCGGAGGAACAUUACCUCAACUCAGAGGAGGACCUGAACCUGGGUCCUGUGGAUGGUAUAACAGAUGAUGUUCGGGGCUUUUAUCAAGAUUAUAGGGAUGGACCAGGGUACCAGGCGAGAAUUUUUGGUUCCCUUGUGGAAUUUGAGCAAUGCCGCCAGAUCUUUACCCAGAUUUUUGGUCUCAAGCCAGUCUUCACUUGCAGUGGCAGCAUGUCAUACGGAUUCCAAUCCAUGUACGAUCUGCGUGGAUACCUAACGAUACCCUUGGGAAAGCCAAGUCAGAUGCAAGUGAAGUUUGACAUGUACAGUCCAGGAAUUGCUAUCCUUCUUUAUGACGGAGUCAUUGGACUCUCCCAAAUCCACCCUCUGUCGGAGAAGGCGAUUGCAAAAUUCACAAUGGCCCUGAACAGACUGGACAUUUCACGCCCUGGAGAGAAGCGACGAGAAUGGAAGCCGAGGAAUAAGGUUUGCAGGCCAGCUUCGCCAGUAUUCGAUUCCGAAAUAGACUCGAGGACUCAAUUAGAUACGAGCAGUCAGCCAGAUCAGCCGCUGGCAGAGCAAGACAAUCACCGUGACGGGAGCGAUGCGUUCACAGAUGGCCCGACGCUGAUGAUACUCGCUUGCGACCUGUUCCAAAACCACAACUGA